CUGAGAAGUACCCAAACGCCCAAAAUUCCAUCGAGACUCAAAGAAGUUGAAUAUGAACAGUAGUAACACUUUGUGAAUAUAACGUGUCAUUACAGCAUUUGGAUACCUCGAUAACAGUCUUUAUGAAGAUGAGGAAAAGAAUAAGUUGAAGUAUAUAUACGGUUGCAAUUACAAUACAAACAGAAGCUAUCAAUAUGAAAAGCACGUAACUUGAGCGACUUCUGAAGGACCUUCGCCAUUUGCAACUUCGAAAUUCGGUAGUUUGGUCUCUGUUUGCCAGUAGUUAAACUUGUUUGCGAUUCAAUCACAUUUAGAGUAUAGCGAGCCGUCCCUAUUAUCUAAAAUGUAUACCGGUGUUAGUUUACGGAAGGGAACUAAUAACAACAUUCAAAAAGAAUAGCUGCGCUAAAAGCGGUGACAAUUUCCCUGCCUCAGAGCAAGCACAUUUCUAAAUACAAGUUUACAAUGCAAUACUUGAAUCACAAGGAAGCCCUUUAAGUUCAGGAUGAACAUAUUCCGAAGUAAAACAGCUGAAAACUUAUUUAUUUUUUAAAGGAUUAUCAUUCCUCAAGAUUCGCGACUGCUUCAAUGUCUGUUUAAUUAAUGUUCUCUAUAGCAACUUUUCUUUCGUGUUCUCUGGAAACUCUUAAGGAAAGGUGAUAAACACCUAUUCUUGGACAAUCGAAAACUCAGGUAGACCUUCUAUCGGGAAAGGAGCAGGAUAGCGCUCAUCGGAUGUUAAACUUGGUUCAAAAGUCCUUGACCAAAAUUUUAUAAGGAUGUAAUAUGCGUAAUGGUUUAGCCAUGUAUGGUUAUCUAAAUCUCUAUUUCGAAAUAACCAUGUACAAGUUCUUCAAUAUCCUGCCAUCUAUGAGUGUAAGUCUCUUGCGAUAACUUUGUCUGUUUAGUAGUGACAGGAUUUAUGUUUAAUAAACGUGUUAUUAGUCGAAUAAUUCUUAUGGAGAUAUAAAAGGCUAGUAGCAAUAAGUGUUUGAUUGCUAUUGCUUGAAUCAAGACUAAUUUUAACAAAAGAAUCCUCUCUUAUUCUCAUCUUUAGGUCUUCUUAUGCACAUCUUUAGCUUCAUGUUGCUACCGAGGUUUUAUGCCUGAUUAUAAUAGGAAUUAGACUUUGAAAAAGAAGAAUCGAAAGGACGAAUCGACUAUCAAAAUCGUAGGUAAGGUUGAAGAAAAUUUUGAAAAUGAGGCGAACCGAUAAAUAAUUUUGAAGCAUCUCACCAUGAUGGAUCUUGCUGGUAUCAUCAAUCUUGGACUGCUUGGAUGGGGUGGUGCACUUGCAUCUGUAUUGAUUGGAGUUUCAAGAUUCGAAUUAUAGCAUUUAGUAUGAUGAGGCUUCUAGAAAUUAUAUUUAACUGGAAGAGUUUUUUUAAAACUGUCAGAUCGAAUGGUGAUAAAGCAUUCAGGGUUGUAGGCUAAUACUACUUUAUGAAUUGGACACCCCCUGUUGACGAAUGAAUAUAACCCAUUAGCAAUAUUUUUUAUUUUGGAGCAGGAAGUUGCGGAUAUGGAGCUACUUUGCUUUGCUUUUUUGCCUUUUUGUGUUAUUGCAGUUAUAAGAGUAGAAGCUCCUGAUGAAACUGAGUAUUUACAUGCUCUGUCAAAAUUUUAGUUCUUGUGAUACUUUAUCUUUUCGAUUAUUUUCGCAGCAGAUGGUCUAGUAUAUCAGAAAAUAGCAUUGGAUAGGUACUGGCACAAUCCUGCAGAUGCUCUUCAUAAAUUCGAGGUGUAGCCUCCGUUUUACCUAUCGUUCUUCUUUUUAUUAUGUUUGUAAAUCUAUGAAUGUAGCUGUUACACAGAGAAAGAAUCCUGAAAUCGCGGUACUACACGCUAUCCGGCAUAAAUUUUGGAGGAUUCUUAUCAUGUGCGUUGGAUAAGUAUUUCUUCUGGACCAGCUUGUUAUUCUUCUACUUCGCCAGAUUCUUCCGGAAAUACCAACUGUGAUUUUAAAAAUCCAACGACAAAAGCGAAUUAACUGGAUGCAAUGGAGCAGCUUAUUCAACUUAUUCCUUUUCUUUUAUAUCAAUUAUUAAGUAAAAAAGUUGAGACUUACAUUAGGUUGUGUAUAAGUUAUAUCUCUUUAUGGCUCACAAACAAAAAGCACCUCACAUCUUGUGCUAUUUGAAAGAACGCGGAGUACCAGUUUAUGCGAUCGAUUUAGUAAUUUAUUUUGUUUGUUGGAAUUGGUGAAUGUUGAGUCAGAAAGCGUACGACUAUAAUAUGAAUAAAAGCGGCGUCUCAGCUUUUUUGGUUUGGUUUGGUUUUGCAGCUAUUGUUUUUUUGACAUGAAAUCGAGACUGAACUACACUAACUCUACACAUUGUAGCUUGAUUUGUUGAUUCUUACAUUCUUCUUUCUUUAUACCCUAUCAUUUAUGUUACGUCGAAUUGCUUGCGAACAUCCGGUUUUAGAGUUCUUCCAAAUUGACCUUAGCGUGAGCCGGAGCCCUAAACCUCGAGAAAAAUCCUGGAUGGAAAACAAUGAGAAGUCAUUGAAAUAAAUAUCUCUAAUGUUAUACUGAAAAGUGUGGAAUACAUCGAUGAUUUUGUUUUUGUGCUUGGCACAAUAUAAAUAAUAAUUUUAAGAGGGUUCCUGAUUAAAUUUUUCAUAGUUGUUUUUCAAUAUAAGACAAUAAAGUUAUAUCUGUUAAUUGAUCCCAUAUCAACAAAAGAUGAAUUUCAAUUUCCACCAGCUUUUUUUAAACAAGAACAAGAAUAAUGAUGGUUGAC